AUGCCAUCUCUCCGUCCAUCAAUUGCCCGGCCCACGAUCAGGGACCUAACAACUUACCUCUUCUCACCACCACAAGCACGCUGCCUCUCCGCUCUCCAACGACCUCUCACCCGACGCUCACCUCAAACACACACAUCUCUCCCCCCGCGAACCUUCACUACCAGUCAUAUCCUGCUAAAUGCCUCCUCCCACGCACCUAAAUCUCACGACCGCGGUCCAACCAGCAAAGAAGACACCCAGACAGACUUUGGGGCUCUCAACGUACUAGGCAACACGCCCGCGCCGAGCACCAGCAUAGAUGCCUGCGCCUGGGAUGGCUUCCAUCUGAACAACGGCGUCAAGAUCAUAGGCGGGAAGGGCAUAUUAUUGGUCAAUGGCGAGGCGUUUGAAUGGAGUCCCUGGUUAGGAGGCGGGCACACAGCAAUGGAAUUGGUGAACGCGAAGGGGCAAUGGGAUGUCAGUGAUGAGGCGUGGGGAUUGCUUGAUCUGGUGUGGCCGAAACCUGAUCUUCUCAUCCUCGGUUUAGGCAAGGAAAUGCGACCUAUAUCCCCGAAGACGAGACAGUUCAUCAACAGUUUGGGCAUCAGGGUGGAUGUGCAGGAUACGAGAAAUGCGGCUGCACAGUUUAAUUUGUUGGCGACGGAGAGGGGAGUUAGUAGUAUUGCGGCGGCGAUGAUUCCAAUUGGGUGGAAGGAGGGGGUUGGAUGUGCGUGA